UGGGUAUGCCGACGAUAUGCACGAAAAGGAGAUGGUACCUGCCAAGAGGCAUCAUUAGGCGAUCCUAAGCGGGGCGGAGCCAGCGUAGAGGAGAGUGGCGAUGGUUCGCCUGGCAGUGGCACGGCGUGUCUACCUAAAUACGCAUUCUUGAAUAUUCGAACUUUUUUAUCGUGUAUUCACUUCUACAAACGCAUCACAUGCCAUAAUUCAUUCUCGCCAGUCAACACUGCCACAUUAUCCAUGGUGCCUGAGCGUUUGCUGAUCAUGCUGCAUUUGCAGCUCAUCACGGCACAGAAAUCGCCGAGAUUUCCAAUCAACAUUGUAGUUGGGCUGCCAAAGAAUGAAGGCCACGUAUUUAAGAAUCCAUUCAAACUGACACUGGCAAAGGGUCAGCCAGUGUUUGACGUGGCCGUCGAGGACGUGUAUAACAAGCAUCAACUAAUGCCACCCGGAUCGCUACAGGUAGUUUAUGAGGAUACUCAACUCAGCGAUGCCAUCGCACCACAACGAAUGGUAGAACACUACUGCAAUCGUUCAGUGGACGCAGUGAUGGGCUUGGCAUAUGUCUAUGCACUGGCACCAGUUGCACGAAUGUCCGCUUUAUGGCUGGAAGGGGUACCGGUGUUCACGACAUCAGGACUAGUAGACGAACUGGGUGAUCGAAAAGAGUUCCCGCUUCUCACUCGUAUGAUGGGUACCUACAGAACGUUGGGAAAUCUGAUGUAUGAGAUCGCUGUUUCGCUCAAUUGGCAUCAAUUCUACUUUGUAUUCAACGACGAAGCCGGCAUUGAGGGUGGCAAAGGAUUGCCACGAUCCGAAUGUUAUUUUUCGUUGAGCGCAAUUCGUAAUCGCAUUCAAAAGGAAUUCGCCUGGCACGUAGACAUGUUCUCAACAAAAAAUGCAACUCGUGAAAAAUACUCUGAGUUGUUGAAGAAGGUUUCAAUGUUGAAUAAUGCAAUUCUUAACGAAGCGCCAAUUCAGUUAGAAACGGCCGUCGAGCGCAACAGCAUUCUUCGUCUAUGCAAAAAACUCGACCAUGUUUCUGGUGUAAGUUGCGAUGAGACGGCUAGUAACCAAAUAGAAUUUUACGAUUUAUAA